AUGUCCCGAUCGUUCUUUGUUUCCUACGUUCUCGGUCGCGUUCUUGAGCUGCGCUUCACUAUACAACACUCAUUCUACAUUUUCACGCUCGUUGUUUCAGAAAACAUGAAGCUCGCUGUAUUUACCCUUGUCGCUAUAUCGGCGACGGUGGUCGACGCGUCCCUCCACCCUAUCAUUGCUGCUCGUCGUCUCAAUCUCAAGCGUCAAGACCCGGCAAACGUCUGCACGGUGAUUCCAGCGCAGACGAUCACGGUGACAGGCGCAAACCCAGUCGAGCUGCCCGCCGUAUGCCUCUGCUCGAACACGGUCGACGCGUAUGCGGACGAUCUUGGACUAAGCGAGGCCGCGACCGCGGAAAUUAGCAGGGAUCUGCAGACAGAUAUCGACGACAGCGACACACCGUGUACCGCACCUGCCAACGGCAUGCCGACAUGCAACGACGACGAGUGCGACUUUGCGUGCGAUGCGGGAUUUGUGAGGGAUGGAGACAUCUGGGGUGGUCUUGACUACGAACCGGACGGUGGUAUUGACUGCGAACCAGAGGCGAUGUCCACCCUCCCUUCGCCGCUGGAACCAGACGACUUCCAAAUCGACUCGAUGGGCACGACAGAGGAUAUGAUUCGCUAUAGUCCGGGAGGGUAUCACCCCGUCACCUUGGGCAACAUCCUCCACGGAAACGCGGGAGCGUAUCGCGUUAUGCAUAAGCUGGGCUUCGGAUCGUACGCGACGGUGUGGUUGGCGCAGAGGACGGGGCCAUCUGCAGAAUUCGUGGCACUGAAGAUCACGACAUCCGAGAACCAGGGAAGCACAGAGGCGGACAUGUUAACCGAGGUCGCAAGAAUUCCGCAUAGGCUGGAGCGCUCCCAUGUUCUCACCUUGCUCGAUUCGUUCGAGCAUCGUGGGCCCAAUGGGGUCCACUCAGUGCUUGUCACGGAUGUGGUCGUGCCCUUGCUCGCGUUGAACCCCUCGAAGCGGCCCCCUGCGUGGCGGAGAAGCGCUGCGCAUGGUCUGGCUCGUGCCGUCGCGCAGCUGCAUGCUGCAGGUGUUGUCCAUGGAGACCUGCACUUGGGAAACACCGGGAUCGCCAUACCCCAGCUCUCGGGGCAGGACCCUGGGGAUGUCAUGCAAGACCUUCCGGCGUACGAUCUUACUGUCGUCCUUCCUGUCAACGCCGCCCACCAGACGCCGUCCUUGCCGCCAUACGUCGUCGCGCCGUGCGAUCUGGCCGCGUACUACGACAAAGUCGCCGGCGAUGCUAAACCGGAGACGAAGCUCUUCGACUUCGGAAACGCACACAAAGCCGCAACCCUGCCAUCGCGCUUCCAAUGCGCGCUAGAGGCAUGCGCCCCCGAGGUCGUCUUCGCCCUAGUCGUGGAGCAGAUCGACAACCCCCCUGUCGAGCUUCCCGCGGACAUCUGGGCGCUCGGCGCAACCGUAUAUGAGAUCUUUACGGGAUCCUCCCUCUUCCACGGCGUGGGUAUGAGCGGUCUGCCAAAGUCCAUGGCAAGCAUGUCCGCGACUCUACCUCCGGCAUGGAAGGCGUUGUGGGAUAGUGCGUCACGCCCGUGCGCAUCUCCUGAUGCGUGGUGGACGGAGCGUCGGGAAAGGCUUCGAGGGGCGUGUGCAAACGACAGAGACGCCGACGCCCUGCUAGACCUGCUCAAGCGGAUCCUCGUGCUGAAUCCCGCCGAACGUCCUUCGGCGGCGGAGAUUGCCCAGGACCCCUGGUUCACGACAUCAGGAAAGGGCCUGUCCCUAUGUCGGCCAUCACCAAUGCUACGCACGAGUCACGUAGUUCCGCACCUGAGUUGA